CGCUACCCCCACCACGGCUCCCCGGGCCCCCGGGUCCCCGGACUGUUGUUGUCCGGGCUGAAGGUCGGUCCGGACGACGGAGGACGCCGACCUCCGGACUGUCGGGGCGGCCUCCUGACAGGGCCCCCCGGCUGCCGAGAGGGAUCAUGUCUACUGCCUCCGCCGCCUCCUCCUCCUCCUCUUCCUCUGCGGGUGAGAUGAUAGAGACCCCCUCGCAGGUCCUCAACUUCGAAGAAAUCGACUAUAAGGAGAUUGAGGUGGAAGAGGUUGUUGGAAGAGGAGCCUUUGGAGUGGUGUGCAAAGCUAAAUGGAGAGCAAAAGAUGUGGCCAUUAAACAAAUAGAAAGUGAAUCUGAGAGAAAAGCCUUUAUUGUAGAGCUUCGGCAAUUAUCCCGUGUAAACCAUCCAAAUAUUGUGAAGUUAUAUGGAGCCUGUUUAAAUCCAGUAUGUCUUGUAAUGGAAUAUGCUGAAGGAGGCUCUUUAUAUAAUGUGCUGCAUGGUGCUGAGCCUUUGCCAUACUACACUGCUGCCCAUGCAAUGAGCUGGUGUUUACAGUGUUCCCAAGGAGUGGCCUAUCUUCACAGUAUGCAACCAAAAGCUCUAAUUCACAGAGACUUGAAACCACCCAACUUGCUGCUGGUUGCAGGGGGAACAGUUCUAAAAAUUUGUGAUUUUGGUACUGCCUGUGACAUUCAAACACACAUGACCAACAACAAGGGAAGUGCUGCUUGGAUGGCACCUGAAGUUUUUGAAGGUAGCAAUUACAGUGAAAAAUGUGAUGUGUUCAGUUGGGGCAUUAUCCUUUGGGAAGUAAUAACCCGUAGGAAACCUUUCGAUGAGAUUGGUGGUCCAGCUUUCCGCAUAAUGUGGGCUGUUCAUAAUGGUACUCGACCUCCACUGAUCAAAAAUUUACCCAAACCUAUUGAAAGCUUAAUGACUAGGUGUUGGUCAAAGGAUCCUUCACAACGACCUUCCAUGGAGGAAAUUGUGAAAAUAAUGACUCACUUGAUGCAGUACUUUCCAGGAGCAGAUGAGCCAUUACAAUAUCCUUGUCAGUAUUCAGAUGAAGGACAAAGUAAUUCUGCCACAAGCACAGGUUCAUUCAUGGAUAUCACUUCUACAAAUACCAGUAACAAGAGUGACACUAAUAUGGAACAAAUUCCAGCAACAAAUGAUACCAUUAAGCGCUUAGAAUCAAAAUUGUUGAAAAAUCAAGCCAAACAACAGAGCGAUUCUGGGCGUUUAAGCUUGGGAGCAUCUCGAGGGAGCAGUGUGGAAAGCUUGCCACCAUCAUCAGAGGGCAAGAGGAUGAGUGCUGACAUGUCUGAAAUAGAAGCAAGAAUAGCUGCUACCACAGCCUGUUCCAAGCCUAAACGGGGCCAUCGUAAAACUGCUUCAUUUGGCAACAUUCUGGAUGUCCCUCAGAUCGUCGUAUCAGCAGGCAACGGACAGCCAAGGCGUAGAUCCAUUCAAGACUUGAGUGUUACUGGAACAGAACCCAGUCAGGUGAGUAGUAGGUCAUCCAGUCCUAGUGUAAGAAUGAUCACUACCUCAGGACCAACUUCUGAAAAACCAACAAGGAGCCAUCCCUGGACCCCUGAUGAUUCCACAGAUACUAAUGGAUCAGAUAACUCCAUCCCAAUGGCCUACCUUACACUGGAUCACCAACUACAGCCACUAGCACCAUGCCCAAACUCCAAAGAAUCCAUGGCUGUGUUUGAACAGCAUUGUAAAAUGGCCCAAGAAUAUAUGAAAGUUCAAACAGAAAUAGCAUUACUAUUGCAGAGAAAGCAAGAACUAGUAGCAGAAUUGGACCAGGAUGAAAAAGACCAGCAAAAUACAUCUCGUCUGGUACAAGAACAUAAAAAGCUUUUAGAUGAAAAUAAAAGUCUUUCUACAUACUACCAGCAAUGCAAAAAACAAUUAGAGGUCAUCAGAAGUCAGCAACAAAAACGGCAAGGCACUUCAUGAUUCCCUGGGACCUUGGAUUUGAAAAUUGCGCACAGAAAGAC